AUGUCUCAACUUCAACAAGUUCAACAAUAUCAAGCGCUCCAACAAAUCAUGCAACGCAACACGUUUGAACAACUCCAAUCGCAAUCGCAACCCCCGGUUCAACUUGAAGAUGAUGAUGAAGAAGUCGUCCCCGAAUCACCAUCGCAAGAGCUCACGCGCAAAAAAAACAAGGGGAAGGGAAAGAAGGUUGAACCCGUUUUCGGAAACAACCAAUCGGGUAGUAGUUUUUGGAAGAAGACAACGGAUAGAUUUAACGGGAUUAUGGAGCAUGGUCCGGCUCGUGAUGUCGAAUCCGUCUCGGGCAAGUGGCGAAAAAUGAUCAAGGUCGUCAACGCUUUUAACGAAACUUAUAACCAAAUUUACCUUUCUCCUCCAAGCGGGAGUAACGACGCGGACAUUCUUAACCUUGCUAUCGCCAAAUGGGACUCUCAAAAUGCAACGCCUUUCCCGCACUUCCGAGCAUGGAACGUUGUAAGGAAAGAACAAAAAUGGAAGCCGAUUCCAAAUGAGGUCGCAACGGCCAAACGCACUAAAACUUCCGAGUCCGGAAGUUAUAGUGCGGGAGGCUCCACCGCUCGAUGUCAAAUCGACAUAAACGACGACCCGGAAGAUGACGAGGAUGUCUUGCCCGUUCACGAGUCGGAACGUCCCCCCGGGAGGAACAAAGCAAAAAAAGAAGCGGCCGGAAAGCGAAAAGUGGCCGGCUCGAGUGGAGGUGGCGGCUCGAGUGGAGGUAGGGGCGAGAAGGCAUCGUCAAAAAUGGACGACUUGAUAAACGAAUUCCGUUCGUUCAAAGAGUUCGCGGCCGAAAAGUAUUCUCACAAGAAAAACGUGUCGUCCGACUAUGCUCGAGCGGAAGAUUUUAGGAUUAUGCGGUUGGAUCUCGACUCGGUUCCGGAGGAUGAACGCGAGGUUUAUCGGAGGAUGAAAGAAGAGGUGAAAAAAAAAUGGACGUCGUAG